GUUUCGAGUUUAGCAUGAGAAUUUUGAGAAAUGGAGCGGGAAACACAGAAUUCUUAUUCCUCGCCGAAAGCGAUUUGUGGGUCUCUCGCCACUCCUGCUACAGUCCUUACCACGACCAUCUUUUCUCCAAAUUUAUACUGUAAUUUUGAACAGCAACCUAGUAUUGAUUUCAUUAUUGACCAAACUCUUCUCUUUGAUCAUUUCAAAUCAAUUAUACCCGACUUCAUGACUUCUUUUCCCACCCAAGGACCAAUUUCUUGUCAGAAUGGGUUUUUUGUUUGCUGGGUCGUCAACAGGUUUCCAAUUUAAUAUUUCCAAUUUGUUGUGGAACGAUUCAAACCCCUGGCCUUAAUAAUCUCGCGGCCUCCCGGAAUCCCCACUUGACCAGCAAUAUCCCAUCUGAUCGUUCUCCGAUUCUCUCCCUUUCGAUCAAUUUUGGUGGGACUAUGAUGCUUAUUGGCUGAAUCUUUUUGAAAUCAAUCGCAAAAUGAAGUUUCGAUUUCUUCUUUCUAGUUGCUGUUCUGCACGAUCGCCGACGGCUAUGGAGAAUGGCUGCCACGCAGAUAGGCAAGACAACGAGGGUUUUCGUAUAUACUCCUACAACGAGCUUAAAUCAGCCACCCGAGGAUUUAGUGCGGCGAAUAAGGUCGGAGAGGGUGGAUUCGGCUCCGUUUACAAGGGCCGGCUUCGGGAUGGCAGACAGAUUGCUGUGAAGGUGCUUUCUAUUGAGAAAGAAUCCAUGAGAGGAGAAAGGGAGUUCAUAUCUGAAUUAACUUCACUUUCCAACAUCAGACAUGAAAAUCUUGUAGGGCUUAAAGGGUGUUGUGUUGAUGGAAGUGAAAGAUAUUUGGUCUAUGAUUACAUGGAAAACAACAGCCUUGCAUACGCUCUUCAGGGUGUGAAGGAAAAUAGAACGAAGCUUAGUUGGCAAGCCAGAAAGGACAUUUUGAUUGGCGUAGCUCGUGGCCUUGCCUAUCUUCACGAGGAGCUUCGGCCGCAUAUAGUUCAUAGAGAUAUAAAAGCCAGCAAUAUACUCCUGGGCCAUGAUUUUAUGCCUAAAGUUGCGGAUUUUGGAUUGGCAAGGUUGUUGAGGGAUAACCAUUCUCAUGUUAGUACUCGUGUUGCUGGCACAAUAGGAUAUCUUGCUCCAGAAUAUGCUGUGAGUGGGCAUUUGACACGAAAAUCAGAUGUCUACAGCUUCGGAGUGUUGUUGUUGGAGAUUGUUAGUGGGAGAGCAACUGUUGAUUUUGAUUUGGAACAUGGUGAACACCACUUGGUUCAGAAGGUAUGGGAACAUUACAAGGCGAAUGAGCUAGUAAAAUUGGUAGAUCCCGUGCUCGACAUGGACUUCCCCAAAGAAGAGAUUGUUCGAUUUAUGAAAAUUGGCCUACUCUGUGUGCAAGAAAACACAACGAGACGACCACAAAUGUCUCUCGCAGUAAGCAUGUUAAUGAAGGAGACUGACCUAAAAGAUCAUCAGAUUUCACAACCGGGACAUAUUAUCGACUUCAUGGACAUUAAAAUGGGUAAAGGAAAUUCGUCAACAAGCAUUUUCUCCAAGGUUUCCUCACCAAGUAGCAUGCAAAGUUUCUGACUGCCAUUGCUCGUCUCUGGGACGGAUAUUGACAUUGAACCUUGGGAGUUGAAGAAGUGAUCUCAGUUGGAGCCUUUUGAAUCUACUGUGUGUACAUAGAGAAUUUGGUACAUGUCUAAAGCUCUUACACUGUUUUUCCACCCUGAAAAUUCAUCAUUCUGGGGUCGGUAUCCCCUUGUAUAUUUCAGAGUGAAUAACAGAAAAAUGUGCACAGUUUUCUUUUAUUUCUUCCACUUUAUUCAUUAGGAUGGUCAAGUUACAUUCUUUUUAUCUCUGCCACCCAAAAUCUGUAGUUUCUUGUAUUGACUAUUUCAAAAGCAAUAUGAUACUAGAACAGUCCAUUAUGAUCUUCA